ACUAUUUUGCAACACACUGGCGCAUCGUCACUGAUUUCAUGCAGUUUGCACGAAAAUCUCACGCGCGUCUAGUAGUGGCUCUUAUCGGCAUCAGUGGGAUGCUACGUGGAUGCCCGAAGGAUCGGCGGGCCGGAGGCCCGCCUACUCCAAGGUCUUAAGCACACCUUCCGCGGGUGCGGACAUUCGGCCCCGAGGCCUUCAGUCAGAGCCCAAAGUGAGAUCCGCCGUCACGAAGACUAGUAUAUUAUUGAGGGGAUAGCAAUAAAGUGAUGAUGAUACUUAAGAGCAUCCGUGAUAAUUAUGAUGAUAAUAUUUAUAUCGGAGUUAUAUCAUCUCAGAUGUGUCAACAUCUCAAUGAUUAAGAGAGGUCGGUAAUAAUACUCGGUCGAGAUCGAUAAAUACUAGGCCUUCGUGACGAAGGGGCGGAGCUCGCUUAGUCCACGUUUAUUGAUUGGAUCAAUGGCUUUGACGUAGGUCCCCGGUUCGAUCCCCGGGUUGGACAUUUUUCCAUCACAUCGGAAACCUCGGCAUAUAGAAGAGUUAUUUGAUCCAUCUGGUGGCCUUUUACACUUCGUAGUUAAGCCAGGAUAGUCAUAUAAGAAGAUAGUCAUAGUAUAUACAUAUUCUAUGUAUAUUCAUAGUAUAUAAGAUAGUCAUUCAUAAGAGUGUUCAUCAAUUGUCCUUAUAGUGUUGUUAUCUUUCCUACCCCUUUCUACUUCUACUACUGAUGACUGAUUGUGCUUUUGGUAUAGCCGGUAAAGAUUGGGUUAUUAUUGCUGCGGAUUCCCAUGUCGAACAAUCUAUCGUUAAGUUUAAGACUACUGAGGAUAAGAUAUAUGAGAUGGAUAAUAAUAAGUUAGUAGCAGGUAGUAAUAAUAAAACUAACAACAACAACAACAACCGUUAUCAUCAUCAUCAUCAUGACUUGUUGUUAUUAGCUGCUGGACCACAGGCUGAUAGUAAUCAGUUUUUGGAGUUCAUAUCUCGUAAUGUGGAACUAUAUGCAUUAGUUAAUGGUGUACAAUUAACUACUCAUGCAUUGGCUAGUUUUACUAGGAAUGAACUAGCUGAUGCAUUAAGGAAAGGUCCUUAUCAAGUUAAUAUGUUAAUUGGUGGAUAUGAUGAUAAAGAUGGAAGUGCAUCCCUAUAUUAUAUGGAUUAUCUAGCAUCUUGUCAGAAGAUAACACGUGGUGCACAUGGUUAUGCGGCAUAUUUCGUAUUAGGCUUAUUGGAUAAACUCUACAAGAAGGAUAUGACCCAAGAAGAUGGUCUUGAUGCCAUAAAGCAGUGUAUUAAGGUAAUAGUAGUAUUAGUUGAUAUACUCAUAACAUCAUCAUCAUCAUCAUCAUAUUCAUUUAGGAGUGUAAGAAAAGGUUUAUCAUUGACAAAAGUAAUUUCAUCAUCAAAGCUGUGAACAAGGAUGGUAUUCGUCUUAUAUCAUCUUAUUAACGAUGAUGAUGAUAAUAAUAGAGAUGAAUGAUAAAUACAACAUUAAAC